CGAAAAACAAAAAUGGCGCAGCAGAUGGCAGAGCCGAACUGUUUGCACUGGACUUGUGAAAACGUUUCUGACUGGAUAGAACAACUUGGCCUUCCACAAUAUAGGGAAUGUUUUACCAGGAAUCUUAUCAAUGGUAGGAAACUGAUUUUAGUGGAUUGUUCUCAUUUACCACUGCUGGGAAUUACAGAUUUUGAACACAUGAAGUUAAUAGCCCGAAGUGUGAGAGAACUGCUUGGCAUUGAAGAUCCAUACUGGAACAGAAGCAUUUCACUGCCACCAAGAGAACCGAUGGGAAUGUUCUUAGAAGCCAAAAGUGUAACUGGACAAAAAGCAGAUGCACUUACAUAUGCAAAAUUUUUGAAAAAUUAUAAAUCAUAAAACUGGACUUCUUUCAUAUUAAUACUAGAUGUACAUAUUGUAAUAGUGUAUAAAUAUUAUAUUGUGAUGAUAAACAUAUUGGUUUCACAAAUUGCCUGCAAAUUGUGGUACAGUAGUGCUAUUUCUUAAAAAUAAAGACAAGUAUCAUUUUAAA